AUGCGGGUUUCAGGGUAUACCAGAGACACGUCCUUCUUGGAGAUGGUGGUGGACAUUGUUCAGGAGCUAAAGAGAGCCAAUCCUAACCUGGUUUAUGUUUGUGACCCCGUCCUCGGUGAUCAUGGAUCUAUGUACGUUCCUCAGAAUCUGUACCCGGUCUACAAGAACAAGGUGGUUCCUGUUGCCGACAUUAUCACUCCGAACCAGUUUGAAGCUGAAUUACUGACAGGAAAAAACAUCAGCACGGAAAAAGAUGCUGUGGAGGUAAUGGACCUUCUCCACGCUAUGGGCCCAGACACGGUGGUCAUCACCUCCUCUGAUCUCCCCCCCAGACUGGGAGACCGUUUUCUCGUGUCUCUGGGUAGCCAGCGUCACGUUCGUCCGGACGGCAGCAGGACGACACAGAGAGUUCGAAUAGAAGUUCCUAAAGUGGACGCCGUCUUCGUAGGAACUGGAGAUCUGUUUGCUGCCAUGCUGCUGGCGUGGACACAUCACUACCCUACUGACCUAAAGACAGCUUGUGAGAAGACUUUUUCAGUGAUGCACCACGUCAUCCAAAGGACCAUAUCUUACGCUCAUGAAUUAGCAGGUCCCGGUCGGCGGCCCAGUCCACCCCAACUGGAGCUGAGAAUGAUUCAAAGUAAAGCUGACAUAGAAGACCCUGCAAUAGUAACGGAGGCCACGCUCAUAUCCUAA